GAGCUGGUUACAGAACCUGUGCUCUUGCCCCAUUGUGGGGUGCUGGGAGAGCCAAUACAAUUGCCCAGAAAAGUGGGUGCUGCAGUACUCCCGUGCAGGGCUCUUUUAAGGUCACCACUGGAUGCAUGCCCACAGAUUGGCCUCGUGGCCCGACUCCAGUCACCCUUUGUGCAUCACUGGCUUUGCUUUUCCAGCAGGAGGUGGGUGGGCGGUGAUCAAACAAUAGGAGAAGCAGAGAAGGACCAGGCCAGCUGGGUUCUUGUUGGAGUGGAUCCAGGUCCCUUCUACUCCUGCCAGCUUUGAUGGUGGAUGGAAUAGGGAAAAUGAAUUGCCAGGGUUUCUUGCUUGCCCUGCUGGCCUCCCUGGCCCUGAGUUGAGAGAUGCCUAACACCUUAUCCAUAAGCUCCAGGCUUGUCUGUGAAGGCGUGCUGUUCCUGAUUCUGUCCCCGGGGCCUCUGGGCACCUGAUUGGUUUCUCCUAGCUCCCCACUUCCUAAUUGCAAAGUCAGGAUCUUUUGAAACUAGGUCUUUCCCAGGAAUCCUGUGCACUUGGCCCUGGGUUGACCUCACCCUGGGAGAAGGGGGACAGCCGAACCGUUCCCUGAGCCUCCAGCCAGCAAGGCAAGUUUGCAGGGGUUGCUGAGCAAAUGUUAGUCCAGUGAACUGUGAGCUGAGAGCGAGGCUGGGCCUAAAGGUCUUCACUGAGUAUCCCCAGCCUGGCCUAGGGCAUGCCCCAGUUCACCUUCGCUUGUUUCUGUGGCUUCCAUGGCUUCUGCAAGAUGAAGAGGAAGAAGGAGGAAGUUCAUAGAGAACGGGAAACGGUGGUAUGAGCAAAACCAGGGACCCCUGUUUGCCCCUCAGCAAGCCUGAGGCCAGGGGCUGCAGCUGCUGACUGGGGCUCGGUGAGCACCUUGGCUUGCACAGAGCCCCACUCCUGUUGGCACAGCGUGGCUCCACCCUGAGGGCCCUGAGACUCCUGGCCCCCAGGACCACCCUGAGCCACACCUCCUGUGUGGGCUUGCAUCCCUGAGAGCUGCCUGGAAGAGGCCUAGGUGUACAAGGGGACUUCAGGACCUGCUGC